CUCGCGUUAUGUUUACAGGAUAAACGCAAAAAAGAUAACGGCAGCGCUUUAACCGUUAUCUUGAAUCAGACCGCAUUAGUUUUUUCUUCGCCUUUGGUUCACACUUUUCAGUGAGAAAAGAGAGAGAGAGGCGAAGGAUGGGGAAGUACACGAGGAAGUGCAGCAGAGGGGUCGGAGAACUCGCGGUGAUGGAGGUGACCCAGGUGGUUGGGGUGAGGACGAGAGGGCGGUCCCACUCCCUGGCCGACGCGGCCGCUCCCGCCGUCAAGAGUCCAAGGCGGAGGAGAACGGGCGCGCCGCCGUCCACGGAGGUAGUGCAGACGUCGUCCUACCUCCAGCUCCGCAGCCGCCCCCUCUUCAUGACGAUCCGGAGGCCGCGGUUGCAGGCAGAGAAUUCCCCCGCCGCCUCCGACCCCGGCCCUGCUGCGGAGGGGAUCUCCCAGUGCUCGAGCAACGGUUCUAGCGAGGUGGUGGGCGACGGGACGAAAGUCGAGGUUCUGGGGAGUUCGACGUGCAACUUCAAAUCUAGAAGGGCGAGAGAGACGACCCCCUCGAGCGUAGUACGUCGCGAAGCGGGCGAUCUGGAAUCGACGGCUGCGAGGGCGAGAAUGAGGUCGGGUUCGAGUCCGACGGUUGGGGCGACAACGACGGAAGCCGAAAUCGAGGAGUUUUUCGCGGCGGCGGAGACGGAUCAGGCGCAGCGCUUCGCCGAGAAGUACAAUUACGACGUUAUCGGCGACGUUCCGUUGGACGGCCGCUUCGACUGGGUUCGGAUCAACCUUUGAAGCGAACGGCCAAAGAAAAUUCAAAAAAAAAAAUGAAACUUCUUUGUCAUUUCGUCUCUCUUUCAUGUGGGUUUUCUUUGGGGGUCUGUAGUUUCUUCUAGAAGCAAUGUACAGAAUUGUAAGUUAAACCACCGCCAUUUCAUCGC